AUGGCCAUGAAUCUCGAUCCAUUGGCGAGCUAUGUGAAGCAGCGAGGGGGGCAGCGCGUGAUUCGCAAAAUCCUCAUCUCCAACAAUGGCAUGGCAGCAGUGAAGGCGAUUCUAUCUAUGAGGAGAUGGACCUUCACCGAGUUUGGCUCAGAGCAGCUCAUUACAUUUGUUGCGAUGGCAACCCAAGAUGACCUGAACGCAAACGCAGAGUUCAUUCGCCUUGCCGAUUCCUUCGUUGAGGUUCCUUCUGGCAAGAAUGUCAACAACUACGCCAAUGUUGACCUCAUUUGCCGCAUUGCGCAAGAACAGCAGGUGGACGCUGUUUGGCCUGGUUGGGGGCAUGCCAGUGAGAACCCCAAACUGCCGGCGAAGUUGAAGGAGAUUGGGAUCACCUUCAUUGGCCCUCCUUCAGGCAAAAGCAACCAUCGUCUCCGUCAUGCGACGUUCGGAUGGCCAAAGACCGCCGAAAAGGACAGCCGCCCUUGGCGUUAA